GAUUUCUGUGGUGUUUUUAUCGUAGUCGUUUUGUCGCGCAAAAUGUUUAAUUUGUUCUAGUGCUGAUGUUAUUUAAAAUUAAGAUAUGAGAUAGUUUGUGUUAUGUGCGCAUCUGAUUUUAAUAGUUAUUGGUUUUCCUAAAGAGAUAAUCGUGUGUUAACAAUGGAUAUUGAAACAACAAUCGACUUUGAUACUGUAGUUGAUUCUCUUGUGAAUAUGUUCGGAGAUAUUUUGAGCAGAGAUGUUAUUUUGACUAUCGUAGAAGGCUGUGGCGGCGACUUAAACACGGCCGCUGAUGCAAUUAUGAAUAUUACAUGUGAUACAAAUAGCUUGCAAGAAAACACUACAUUUAAUGCAGAAACCAAAGAAGAAAAAAAGGAAGAAUCUACACAAAAUCUAGAUACUGUUCCUAAUCAAGAAUCAACAAUUUCAUAUGCAGCAGCAUCCCAAAGAAUUGGAGCAAUGCCUAAACAGCAAAUAGAACCUACUGCAUCUUAUAAUCAUUCAAUCGCCUGGAGUGAAGAUUUCCGUAGAAUUGUUAUGUAUUACAAUCAAGGAUAUCGUGUGUUAAUAUUGAUGAGAGGUGCUCCAGGCUCUGGAAAAUCUUAUUUAGCUGAAAAGCUAAUUGAAGCAACUGUUGGAGGUACAUUUGCAGAAUUGAAAACUCACAUUUGUAGUACAGAUGAUUAUUUUAUGGUUAGAGGUAGGUAUAAUUUUAAUAAACAUGAUCUACCAUAUGCUCAUAGUGUUAAUCAGAGAAGAGCUAUCUCAGCCAUGGAGCAAGGUUUGAGUCCUGUGAUUAUUGAUAACACCAACAUAGAAGUAUGGGAAACAGAACCUUAUGUACGAGCAGGUGUCACCAAUGGUUAUAUCAUAGAAGUGUUGGAGCCUAAUACACCAUGGGCUAAAAAACCUAAUCAACUUUGUAGAAGAAAUGUACAUAAUGUGCCUAUAACUUCUAUUAGAAGAAUGUUAGAGAAUUAUAUUAAUAAUCUCACUGGAGACUCUUUGAUUAGAGCUUUUGGAUUAAGUUAUCCAGCUGAUAAAGUCCCACCAGUUAUUCGAUCAAUGCCUGUCUUUCGGCCUAGUCCUAAGAAACCUAUUUCGCAAGAAAAUACAAAUUUCGCUACAUCUAGUGAAAAACAACAAAAUAAACAUUUGGAUACAAAUAUGGAAAGUCUUUCUAUAACUGACGUACAGACCCUUGAAGCCAUACCAAUUCCAAAUAAUGACAUACAAAUUUCUACCGCUUCAAAUAGUUCUAUGACUACAACAGAGAAGGUUUUACCUACUGUUAAAAAUUCUGCCCAAUCUGCUGUCGAAAUUGAUGAUGAUACUGAAAACAAAAUAGAUCUCAACUCAUAUGUAGAUGUGCAAAAACAGUUAGAGGAAAUUGAGAAGGUUGAACGCGAAUGGGAAAAUGGCGAAAACUGGAUUGCAGAACAAGAUGUUUCGACUGAUCAUACUAAACAUACUGAAAGUAUAGAAGUUACUGUACCUAAACCACAAAGAAAAAAACAGUCCCAUACUAAUUCAGAUGAGAAAAUUCUAGGGACUUUUGACGGCUGUCAAGAUUGGAGACAAAUCUCUAUGUUUAUGCCUCCUUGGAGUGCCCAAGAAGGAAUAUUAUCCCAAUCUAUAAACCUUGAAGAAAUACCCGUAGAAACUGUGUCUAAUAGUACUUGCAUCGAAAUUGGAGAUGUAGAGAAUACUUCUAAUAUGCUCAAAGUUAUCACUGCAACUCCUAGGGAUAUCAAUCAGUUUAAUUUUUCGUUAAAUAAAGAAAAAAUUCCUGAAAAGCGUAUGCUGGAUAAAAGUAGUAUGACAAAUGAAAAUUCAAUUCCCGACUUAACAAAUAGAUGUCAAAGUGAAGAGAAACAUUUCAAUGAACUUAGAAAAUUAUUCAAAAAUGUUUCCAAACAUGCUUUGAGAGAUAUAUUUGACAAAUGCAUGGGGGAUGUUAACUGGGCAGUGGAAAUAGUAUUAGAUGGAGUAGCAUCCAAACAAUUAGAAACUAUUGAUAUAGAAAGUACAUCUGAUAUAGAAGAGGAUGCAAGUACUAACGAUGAUCUUUGCUCUUGUUUAGCAGCUUAUAAUAUAUUGCCUGAUAAAUCUUUAACCCAACGAAAAAGUUUAACUACACAAUCAUAUGUAACACCUGUAGCAAGCGGAAGUUCUCCUAAAGUACAAAGUCAAAAGAAAUCGAAAAAAGAAAGUACAUCAGGUGAUUCACUGCAAUUAAAACGUAUAAUUGAGCAAAAUGUUGACUUUUCUGAAAAUCAUUAUUCACAGCACUGUCUUAAGAUAAGAAAGUUUCGUCGUGGUGAAUAUGAACUAAGUGAUGAAAACCCAGAAUCUGAUUCUGUCAAAAAUGAUGAAACAGAAAGUGCUCAAAGCACAACUGAUUUAGACUGUCAAGCUUCUGGGUAUAGUCAUAUGGAUGCGUCGGACACAUCAUUUGAUGAUGUUGAAAAAACUGUAGUUGUUAAUUUGGGUUGGGAGUUUGUGGCUCAAUUAGAUAAGCUGUUUGGCCGAAAUAGUAUGAAUUAUCCUAAUAAAGUUUUGCCUAAAAUAAAUGUUCCGCUAUCUCUGCUGAAUGAAAUAAACGCUCUGUGGAUAGAGUCGUUGAUGGAUGAAAUGGAUGAGCAUGAUAAACAGACUGCGAUUAUGGUAAAAGAAGACGAAGAAUUUGCCAGGCAAUUAUCUAUGAAAGAAGCAGAGCUGACUUUGGCCGGUAAAGAACCAGAAGUUCCAGAUUUCAAAGAAAUUAUGGAUAUGGAUUUAGCACUUUCGUUAUAUCAAAAAGACGUUGCGGAAUGGCGCAACAAAGAACCCAAUGAUCUAGCAGCAAAGCUGACUAGGGACAAACUCUACAAUUUAUUCCCAGAUGUAGCAAAAGAAAUUUUGUCUGAGCUCCUAAUGGCUCACGAUAAUAAUUUUCAAAUUACUGUAGAGGUGUUGUUAAUGUCGACCGGAAAAGCAAAUAUACUUGAACAGAAGAAUGGUUUGAAUAAAUUUGUUAUGCAAAAAGAGAUGGAACGUCAAGAACGUCUCUUAGAAGAAGAGAGAAAAGCUCUAUCAGAAGUGGAGUGGCCGUUAUUACCUAGAGGUGAAGUUGUGGAAAUGUCCACAGUGAACAGUUACAGAGAGAGGGCAGAGCGUCAUCUAAUUAAUCGUAAUAUGUGA